AUGAUUAGAUUUGCAGCUAUUAAUAGUUCAAAUUAUAGUGAUUCAGAAUAUUCAGAAUAUGAAUCAGAGGAUUCAGAAUAUGAUGAUACAGAUGGUGAUGAUGAUAAUAAUAUAAAUAAUAUAAAUAAUAAUAAUAUAAAUAAUAAUAAUAAUAAUGAUAAAUUUGAUAAUAUGUCAAUUGAAGCACAAGAAACUUAUAAUAUGAAAUUAUAUUCAAAUGCAUUAAAACAUCAACAGAAUAACGACUAUUUACAAGCACAACAAUUAUAUCAAGAAUUAUUACAAUCACCAAUGAUUGAACGUAUUAAUCCACAAUCAAAGAAAUCUAUACUGUCAAGUCAAAUGGCAACAUUGAAAUAUUCAACCUUAAAGAACAUGGCAAACAUUAACGAAGCCAUCGACAAUAAAGAACUAUCAUUGAAACUAUCGACCCAAGCCAUCGAUUUAGAUGGUAGAGACGUUUCCCUGUGGUAUAGUAUUGGUAAGAUCUCUAUGGAAUUGGAGAAAUGGAAUAUAUCAAGACUCGCACUAGAACGUGCCAUUCAAAUCUCGCCAACUCAUUGGCUAUCAUUGGAGAAACUAAUUGAAUUACUCUAUGUCAUUGGUGACGAUAAUUCUUGUAAAAACAUCAUUGAACAACGUAUCCUACAAGAACAACCUUCAAAUUUAAAAGCAAUCAUUAUUAAACUCUUAAUUCAAAGAUCAAAUCAAUCAAAUUAUAAUGAAAUUAAUGAAAUUUUAAAUAAUAUUUUAAUUUCAAAUCAAAAUUCAAAAUCUUAUAUACAAUCAUUAAUUAAAAAAAGAGAUAGAAUUCAACAACAACAACAACAACAACAACAACAACAACAACAACAACAACAACAACAACAACAACAACAACAACAACAACAGCAACAAAUGAUAAUUGGUAAACAACCUCAAUUAACAAAUGAAUUACUUGAUAAACCAGUUGAAUAUAUUUUAGAAAAUAAAAAUUGGAGUAGUUUAUUAGAUUUAUUAAAUUCAAUUUAUAAUGAAAAGAAAGAAUCUACAUCAUCUUUAUCAAUAUUUUCACCAAUUGAAAUUAAAUUACAUCCUAGUUUAUUAGGUAUUCAAAUUUUAGUUUUAGAUGGUAAUGAAGAUGAUGUAGAUGUGGAAAUGGAGGAGGAGGAGGAGGUGGACAUUACACCAAUCAAUACCAAUGUUGACAAUAAAAAACAACCUAUAGCAAUCGAAAUAACUGAUACAUCAAUAACAACAGCAACAGUAACAGCAACAACUUCAAGUACUAAUUUAGAAUCAUCAAUUAGACCUGCAACUCCAGUAACUCCUACAACUCCAACUAUAAAUACCUCAAAUACCACCACUACCACUACCACUACCGCCAUAGCAAUCACAGAGGAUAUUAAAACACCAUUAUCACCACCUUCAUUAAGUAGUAGUAGUGGAUCAAUACCAAACAAAGUUACACCACCACCGCCACCAACAACAACAACAACAGCAACAAUUACAAGUAGAAGAAUGGAAACUAGAUCAAAAGCAAUCUCAAAAAAUGAAGAUAAACCAGAGAAUGAAGAAUAUUUAGAUAAAUUAAUUAGUUUAAAUAGACCAAUUUCACAAGAAAUUUUACAACAAUUAAAUAAUAAUACCAAUGAUCAACAUUCAACAACAACAACAACAACAACAAACUCAAAUGAUAAACUAGAUGAUUUAGACCAAGAAAAACAACAAUUAAAAAUAAUAUCAUCACCAACAAAUACAAGUAGUAAAUUAAGGGAGAAUGAAAGUAUUAGUAUAACAAGAUUCAUUAAUAGAAUGAAUGAACAAACUAAAAAUAAACCAGAAUUGAUUAUAUCAGUAAUUGAUUGGAUGUUAGAAGCAUUGAAUACAAUCUCAAGAGAAGCAAAUCAAUUUAAUUUGCUACCAUCAUUAAUAAAUAAAAAAAUUAUGAAAAUUAAAUCUAUUAUUACUCAAAAUACAACUUCAAAUAAUUCAGAUUAUCAAGAUUAUUAUUUACUAUUAUCAGAAUUAAAUUUAGAUAAAUAUCAACAAUUUUUAUUUGAAAAAAAGAAUAAACAUGAAAAUAUUAAUAAUAAUAAUAAUAAUAAUAAUAAUAAUAAUAAUAAUAAUAAUAAUAAUAAUAAUAAUAAUAAUAAUAAUAAUAGUGAUAGUGAUAAUAGUAAUAGUAAUAAUAAUAGUGUUAAUUCAAAUGAUACAACAACAACAACUACUACUACUACUAAUAACAAACCAAAUAUAAUUACUGAUGGUGAUUAUAUUAUUGAAAUACCAACAGUCAUAAUUGUAAAUGAAGAUGCAUAUAAACCAAAUGAAGAAUUAACAAAUCUUUCAUUUUAUUUACAAAAUUUAAAUUUAAAGAAAUUUAUUAAACCUUUUAAACUAUUACCAAUCAUUGAAAAUGAUAAAGAAAACGAAAACCAAAUGGAAACCAAUCAUCAUGUUGAAAAAGAGGAUUUAAGUACAAUUAAAGAUGAAUUAUUAUUUGAAAUUAGGUAUAAAUGGUUAUUAGGAAAUUAUAAUUUAUCAGUAUUAUCAGAUAUAAAUAUGGCAACUUUAUAUUUUAAAGAAUGUGAAUUACUAUUUGAUGAUUAUAAUAAAAGAAAUUUUACAACAACAGAAACAACACCAACAACAACAACAACAACAACAACAACAACCAAUAGUAAUGGUAAUGGUAAUGGAAAGAAUAAAUUAGAUUAUAUGAUAAUUGGUCAUUGUAAAUUUGAUAGAGUUAUAUCACCUUUAAUACUUUCUGAUAAAUUAUCAAAAUUACAAGAUCAACAAGAAAAGAAUUCAGCAGGUCAAUUAUUUAAUUCAAAACAAUAUGAUUCUGUAAUUACAUUAUUAGAACCAUUAUUCCCUGAUUCAUUAUGUGUUUUAGAAUUUCCACCUUUAACCAAUUCAAAUGUAAAUACUACAACAAAUACAUCAAAUAAUAAUAAUAAUAAUAAUAUUGGUACAGUGUUUGAAUUUAAAAAUAAGGAUCAUAUUGAUUCUGAUACUAAAUCAAGAUUAAAUAGAAUUGAUUUAUUAUUACAAUCAUUUUUAAUGACUUCUAAUAUUAGAGGUGUUUUAAAAAUGUCCAUCAUUUUAACUAAAGAACUAUCAAAUUUUUUUAAUCAAACUGAAACUGUUAAUUUUUAUAUAACUUUAAUUGAUAGAGUAUUUAAACAUGAUAAUAUGAAACCAAAAAAAUUAGAUGAAACUGAAUCAACAUUAUUAUCAAUAUUUAUUAGAAUUUUAUAUAGAUAUUAUAAAAAGAAUAUUUCAUAUACAAGUUUAUUAUUAUUAUUACAAAUUUAUCAAAUUGAUGAAAGUAAAAAAUUGAAAACCUAUCAAACCAUUCAAUUAUAUUCAAUGUUACAUAGUGAACUAGGUAAAAAGAAACAAUGCUUAAAUGAACCACAAUUUCUUAUUAAUUAUAUGGAAUUAUUAUUUAAUGUUAUCAUUGAUAGUACUGGUAGUACUUUAGAUACAAGUGAUUCUUCAUUAAUUAUUUCAACUGCUGCAAAUAAUUCUUCAACAACUGGAUCAUCAUCUUUAGCAUCUUCAACAUCUUCUACAACUGCUAUUAUAGGUGGUGGUGGUGGUGGUGGUGGUGGUGGUGGUGGUGGUAAUUUAUCUUCAUCAACAACUGGAAUAUUGAUGUCAGCAACAACCGCUCAAAAUGAAAAUAAUAAAAUAAUUGAACAAAUGGCAAUUAAAGUUUUAACAGAUAUUUGUCAAUGUUUUAAUUGUAUUCAUUCGAUAAAGUUAAGUAAUUCAUUGGAGGAUCACAAUUGUUCAACACAGUAUGGUAGUAAUAGUAAUAGUAGUAUCCGUCAAUUGAAAGGACCAGGUGUUUAUAUGCAAUUGUUUAUAUUGAUAAAGUUAUUAUGUGCAGAGGAAGAAGAUAUUACCAAUAUUCCUUUAAAUCCUUUGAUUUCCAAUGAAAGUGUAAUACUAUCAAUUCAAACGAUGGCAAAUAAAAAGGAGAUUAAAGAACUGAUUGAAAAGAUUCAUUCAAGAUUCCCUGAUCCACCAUCAAGAGUUACAAAAUAUAAAUCAGUCAUUGAUCAAUAUAUGAACAAUGAAAUCAAAGAGUUAACCGAUGAAUUAACAAGUGGUAGUGCAAGUACAAGUAUACCAUCAUCACCACAAAGAUUAGCAUUAAAUUUAUUAUUUGUAAAGGAUGAUGAUCAAGUAGAUAUUGAUAAUCCAAUUUUCGAUGAUCUUUUCACUGAUAUCUACUAUAUGUACGCUUUACAAUUAGAAAAGGAUGAAGAUUGUAUUGAUCAAUUUCGUUCACUCUUGAUAAAAGAUUUAUAUUGUAAUCCAAAUAGAAUCGAUUCUUGGCAAGCUUUAUCAAAAUCUUAUUCUGAUCAAUUAAAAAAAGUUACUGAUUCUGAUGGUAUUUUAAUUAGAUAUUUAUAUGGUGGUAGUAGUAGUAGUAGAAAUAAUAGUCAAUCACAAAAUAAUCAUGAUAAUAAUAAUCAUGAUAAUAAUAAUAAUAAUAAUAAUAACAAUUUAAUUAAUAUUACAGAUUUAAAUACAAGUUUUGAUAGUAAUCAUGGUGGUAAUAAUGAUGAAAAUUAUCAAGAAUAUGAAUUAAUUGAAUUAAAAAUAUCAUCACUUUAUAAGAAAGCCAAAAUGAUUUAUAAACAAAUUGCAAGAUUAUUACCAACCAAUGAUGAAUCAUUUAGAGAUUUAGCAUUAUUAAUAUUUGAAAAACAUUAUUUCAUUAGAAAGAGUUCAUCAAGACGUUAUCAAGAAAAACUUCAAUCAUUAUUUAGAAGAUCUUUAAAUUAUAUUGAGAGAGCAAUUCAAUUGGAUAAACAAUGUAAUUUAAAUUCACCAGAGAAAGAGAAUUGGUUCUAUCCAGUUUUCAAAUCAAAACUUCAAAGAAAAUCUGGUGAACAACCAUUGGUUUAUUUGGAAACUUUAAAUAAAACCAUUCAAAAGUUACCUCAAAUUUCAAAGACAAAACAAAAUUCAAUACUACCACUCUAUAGACUACAUGCUGAUAGAUUGAAAUUAUUAUUACCAUUUGAAACUACUCAAAUUCAUAAUGAUUUACUUACGAUUUUAGAAAAAUAUAAUUAUGUUUCUCCAAAAUCUGCAAAUUCAAUUUCAAGUAUACCUGAUGAAUGGGCCACAACAACCACUACAACUUCUACGACUACCACUACUGUUCCAUCAAGUAUUGAUCCUGAAAUUUUAUUUGUUGAAAAUACUGAAACUGCUAUGACUUUAGUUGUAGAAAAACCAGAAAGUCCAUUAUCUUUAGAAGAAAGAAGAGAACUAUUAAUUGAAAAUUCUUUAUCAGCAUUAACUCAAAUUAAAUCAAUAGUAUCAUAUCAUCAUCAAGCAAGUUAUAGAAUCGUUUGGACUAUUAGAAAUAAUACUAGAAAAGACAAUUUCAUUAGUAAUGCUAUGAAUGAAUUUUUAAAAUUCUUUAAACCAAAAAUGUCAAGAUUAUCAAAAGCUUGUAUUUGGAGUCUUUGGAAUGAUGAUUAUGUUGGUGAUGGUAAAAUGGAUAGAUGCUUUGCUAAAUACUAUAAACUUUAUAUUCAAUUAUUGGAAGAAAAUAAUGACAUAAAGAAUUUAGAAAUCAUUUAUUUUAAAAUUAAAAAUGAUCCUAAAUUUGCAAAAGAAGCCACUCAAUGUUAUUUAUCAUGUUGUAAAGUUUUAACAAAUCUUAUUAAUUUAAAAUUACAACAACAACAAGAAUCUCAACAACUUUUUCAAAAAUCUAUUAGUAAUACUGCUGCUGGUGGUAAUGAUUUAUCUAAUGAUGAAAAUCCUUCAAAUUCAUCUGCACUUUCAACCAUUUCUCAAACUGCAACAACAACAAUUUCAACAACAACAAUUAUACCAGAAUUUGAAACUAUUUUAAAAUAUGUUUGGGAAUUCUAUUUAGAUUUAUCAAUAUUUCCAGAACACAGAUCAUCCAUUCAAAAAUUAGUAAUGGAUUCUUGGAAUUUUAAUAAUCAAAUCAAUACUAUAUCACCAAGAAAAUCAUCACCAACUUUUGAAGAAGUUAUAAAAGGAUUUGAAAAGAAAUUUUCAAGAACAAAUGAUAAAAGAAAGAAAAAAACAAAUGAUGAACAUUUUCUUAAAAAAUUUAAAGUUGACUCUGAAAAUGAUGAUACAAUAACUCAAGAUUAA